GCUCGCACAGCUCGCACAGAGCUCAGCACCCCAGCUUUGCUGCCUCGGGCUACAGCCGCACAGCUCGCGCACAGCUCGCACUGGUCGUUUUGCAGCAAUGCCACCGCUUAAGCUAGUAGAGCUGGUCAAGCAGAGAGGACAGUCGUCGAGCACUACUGCUCGCAAGGCGUUCGUGAAUGCUGCAGCCGCCACAGCUGCCAAAGAGCAGGGCAACAAAUUACUGGCGCAAAAUGACCUCUUAGCCGCGUACGCGCAAUACUCCGCCGGCCUGGCGAGCGCCGACGCGAGCGACGCGGCAAAACUUUUCGGCAACCGCUCCGCCGCGGCGCUCAAGCUAGGCUGGCCCGACGCCGCGAUCGAGGACGCCUGCGCCGCGGUUUCGGCGGACGUAACUUAUGCGAGAGGUUGGUUCCGCCUGGCGGCCGCGCUCGUCGAGGCCGGCGAUCCGCUCGCGACCGAUGCGUGCGGGUACGCCGCCGACCUGGCGCCGCGGGACCCGGGGCCGGCGCGGCUGUUCGAGCGCGCGCGCCACGAGGACGCGGAGCGCUACAAACCUGGGAAGGCGACGAUGGUCGCCGUCGCCGUGGCGCCCGCGCCCGCGGAGACCGAGGAGACAGAUGCCGCCGACGACAGCGACGCCAGCGACGGCGACGACGCGUCGGAGCGCGUCGUCAGCCUCGCCCUCGCGACGCGCACGCAAACGAGCGGCGGGACUGUGUGGGACGCGUCGGUCCUGCUGGCGUCGUGGCUCGCGACGGAUCCAACGAUCGUGCGGGGGCGCAACGUCCUGGAGCUGGGCGCUGGCUGCGGCGCCGUCGGCCUGAGCUGCGCGGCGCUCGGCGCCCGCCACGUGGCGCUGACUGAUUUUGAUGCCGGCGUCGUGGAACUGUUGAAGGAGAACGCGCGGAACAACUAUCUCCGCGCGGGCUGCGACUGCUAUGAGCUCGACGUGGCGAAGCCACCUACAGAGCCGCGUGCGGAAUUCGACCUCGUGGUCGGCUCCGAGUGCGUGUACUACGGUGCCUGCGACGCCGUGCCGGCCCUUGUCGAGGCGUCAGUCGGCAAGGACGGUGACUUGUGCGGCGUUUUCUGCAUGGCCGACUCGCGCGCCGGCAUCGACGCGUUCGCGACCGCCGCGCGGAAGCGCUUCCGCUACGAGCGGCGGCCGUUCCCGCGGCCGCUCCGGCGCCGCGCGCGGCGGCUCAACGCCGAGCUCGCGGCCGAGAACACGUACAGCCUGCACCUCCUCUAUCGCAUGUAA